GAGCAUGAUAUGUGCCUAGCACAGUCACUUUUUACAAGCAGUAAAGCAAAAGGGUUGCAGCUUUCCUAAUCCCCAACUUAAACCCUCACUUCCGCCGCCGCAGCCAUGCAAGCCACAUUUCUAUCUUCCCGAACCACCGUCCUCCCCGCCACAAAGCCAGCCACCGCUAUUCCCAACCGCCUCCAAUGUCUUCGCGUUACCGCACAAUCCCAAGCAACAGUAACAGCAGACCCUCCCUCUCCCUCAGCCGUAAAGCUCAACAAAUACAGCUCGAGAAUAACGGAGCCAAAGUCACAAGGCGCGUCCCAGGCCAUGUUGUACGGUGUCGGAUUAUCGGAAGAUGACAUGUCAAAACCCCAGGUGGGAAUAUCGUCGGUCUGGUACGAGGGGAACACGUGCAACAUGCAUUUGUUGAAGCUAUCGGAGGAAGUGAAACGGGGCGUUGAGGAGGCCGGGAUGAUUGGGUUUAGAUUCAAUACGGUCGGGGUCAGCGAUGGGAUUUCGAUGGGGACGAGAGGGAUGUGCUUCAGUUUGCAGUCAAGGGAUUUGAUUGCUGAUAGUAUUGAAACUGUUAUGAGUGCUCAGUGGUAUGAUGGGAAUAUCUCUAUUCCUGGUUGUGAUAAAAAUAUGCCAGGUACAAUUAUUGCAAUGGGGAGGCUCAAUCGGCCAAGUCUUAUGGUUUAUGGUGGAACCAUCAAGCCCGGUCAUUUUCAAGGCAAUACAUACGAUAUAGUAUCUGCCUUCCAGUGUUAUGGAGAGUAUGUAAGUGGAUCAAUAAGUGAUGAGCAGAGAAAGAAUGUUAUCCUUAACUCAUGCCCUGGAGCAGGAGCCUGUGGGGGGAUGUAUACUGCAAACACCAUGGCUUCUGCAAUUGAAGCUAUGGGAAUGUCUCUUCCUUACAGCUCUUCAAUACCUGCUGAAGACCCAUUAAAAUUGGAUGAAUGCCGUUUAGCUGGGAAGUAUCUACUAGAAUUGUUGAAAAUGGAUUUAAAACCCCGGGAUAUUAUCACCCAGAAAUCUUUACGUAAUGCAAUGGUUAUUGUCAUGGCCCUAGGUGGAUCAACCAAUGCUGUGUUACAUUUAAUUGCCAUAGCAAGGUCUGUUGGUCUAGAAUUGACUCUUGAUGAUUUUCAGAAGGUUAGUGAUGAGGUUCCUUUUCUGGCUGAUUUGAAGCCCAGUGGCAAAUAUGUCAUGGAGGAUGUACACAAGAUUGGAGGAACACCUGCCGUGAUUCGUUUUCUUUUGGAGCAUGGGUAUCUAGAUGGGGAUUGCAUGACUGUGACCGGGAAGACAAUGGCAGAAAAUGCACAAAGCUACCCUCGUUUUCCUGAUGGACAGGAUAUCAUAAGACCGGUGUCAAAUCCCAUCAAGAAAACAGGGCACAUCCAAAUAUUAAGAGGGAAUCUUGCACCUGAGGGUUCUGUAGCAAAAAUUACUGGAAAAGAAGGACUCUAUUUCUCUGGACCUGCACUUGUCUUUGAAGGAGAGGAAGCUAUGCUAGCUGCCAUCUCUGAAAAUCCUUCAAGUUUUAAGGGAAAAGUAGUAGUCAUUAGAGGGGAGGGACCGAAGGGGGGACCAGGCAUGCCUGAAAUGUUGACACCAACAAGUGCUAUAAUGGGAGCAGGUCUUGGGAAGGAUGUUGCAUUGCUCACUGAUGGUAGGUUUUCUGGAGGUUCACAUGGAUUUGUUGUAGGACACAUAUGCCCUGAAGCACAGGAAGGUGGCCCCAUCGGUCUUGUUCAAAAUGGGGACUUCAUCAGCAUAGAUGUUCAAAAGAGGGCCAUAAACGUAGAGCUGACAGAUGCUGAACUGAAUGAGCGGAGAAAGAAGUGGAGUCCACCUCCUUACAAGGCUAACAGAGGUGUCUUACAUAAGUACAUUAAGAAUGUGCAGCCAGCUUCAGUGGGGUGUGUAACAGAUGAAUAGAGGCAAUAAUAGCCAACCGGAUUAAAACAGAGUGAAAAUGGACCGGAAUUGAUGCAUGGCAUUGUCGAUGCAUGAGGAAUUUUGCAGGUGGGUUUAGGUGUCCUCCUAGCUCUAGAACUGCAAUUUUGUUGUAGUAGGCAUCAAAUCUUUCAUUUCUGUAAUUUUGUUUCUCAUUUAGGGUUUGCAAUGACUUUUCUUUCUAGACAAGCUUUCAAUUUGUUUGCUUUCCCAAGUCUUCAUAAAAGAAAAAGAAAAAGAGUUGGGAUAUGCAAAGGUACAAUUUGGUUAAACUUCCUUGGUGGCGUGGUCUUAAAAGCUUAGUAGUGAUUUAGUCAUUCUGAAAUAAAAAAGAGCUAUUAAGUGAUUUA